UCGCACCCAUUGGUUCGGACGUCGGACCCAAUAUCCCCGCAAGGGGAAGAAGUGUCGUUUCGCUUGGCGGGACACAGAAGAGAACCCUAGAAAGGCGGAGGAGCUUCAGGGUGCCCCCCACUUUGAAACGUGGGGUUUCCCUCCAACCGGUGGCAAAGAAGAAGUAGCAGCGGCAGCCGAAGAUGUCGUCUUCCCUCCGAUGUUUAUUCCGAAGCAGUUGUUCUGCGGACCCCUGCAUUCGAUCAUUUCUUCGUCGGUCCGCUCUGAUCCGUCCUUCUUAUUAUUCUUCGCAAUCUUUCUCGGCCCCUCCUUAUGGAGCUACUAGCACGGAAGGAGAAGAAAUCCCCACGUCUGGAAUCAGCCGACCCCUCUCGGACAUCCUGAAGGAGCUCAACAAGAGGGUGCCGGAUUCUCUAGUGAAAACGCGAGUUGAGGAAGGAACGUCCAUCAAAUACAUCCCCUGGCAUAUUGUGAACCGGAUAAUGAAUGUACAUGCACCAGAAUGGUCUGGUGAAGUAAGGAGCAUCACCUAUUCUCCUGAUGGCAAGUCCGUCUCUGUUGUUUACCGUGUGACCCUUUAUGGAGUUGAUUCAGAGAUUUUCAGAGAAUCGACUGGAACAGCGUCUGUUGAUGAUACAAGCUAUGGCGAUCCAGUACAGAAGGCUGAAGCCAUGGCAUUUCGCAGAGCUUGUGCACGAUUAGGGCUUGGGCUUCAUCUUUACCAUGAGGAUGCCAUGUAAAGGAAUAUCCACAUAUCUUGGCUUCGUAGGGUCGAAUCCUUGAACUUUGGUGGUCUAUUUGGAGCCUGCACAUUCUGAAAACUUGUAUAUUUUGGACAGGUAGAGGCCCGUCUUCUCACGGGCCUCUGCUUGGUUCUCUCCUUGCCUCUGUAAUGCUGGCGUGGAAGUGACAUGGGUGUUAAUCUUUCCGAGUGUUUCUUGUUCA